AUGUCUCAACCUGAUAGAAUUAUCGUUCAUUGGUUAAAUUAUUCUAGAUCACAAAGAAUUGUUUGGUUAUUAGAAGAAUUAAAUAUUCCAUUUGAAUUAAAAACUUAUAAAAGAACAAAAGAAUUUAGAGCUCCAAAAGAAUUAGAUAAUAUUCAUCCAUUAGGUAAAUCUCCAGUUAUUGAAAUUAUAAAACCAAAUGGUGAUAGUUUAAAAUUAGCAGAAACUGGUCAUAUAAUUCAAUAUCUUUUACAGAAUUAUGAUCCAAAUCAUUUAUUAACUCCAACUGAUCCAAAAGAAUUGGAACAACUUGAUUAUUUUUUACAUUAUUCUGAAGGUACUUUACAACCAUUAUUAGUUACUUUAUUAGUUCAUUCAUUUGCAAAACAAAAAGCUCCAUUUGGUACAAGAUUUUUAAUGGGAUUAUUAGUAAAAGGUAUUGAUGAUCAAUUUUAUUUACCAGAAUUAAAGAAAAAUUUAGAUUUUUUGGAAACUGCUUUAAUUAAACAAAAAUCAGAAUUAAAUUCAAAUUAUUUUGUUGGUAAAAAAUUAACUGGUGCUGAUAUAAUUUUAAGUUUCCCAAUUUUUACAAAUAUUUUUAGUUCAAAAGAUGCUGCAAGAGGUUUAGGUGUUCAUGAUUUAGAUAAAAGAUGGCCAAAUUUAAAUGAAUGGAGUGAAAAUAUUGCAAAAGAACCUAAAUUUAUUAAAGCAAAUGAAUUAGUCGCAAAAUAUGAAACUAGUACUCCAAAUAUAUAA